CGUGAUUUGACAUCUCAAACUCGCACCCAUGCGACGUUGGGUUGAUGCUCGUCGUCGCAGGAAUCCCAUCUCACGCAGACGCGCCCAUUCGUACCAGACUCACGAUGACGCAGCGGAUGCCAUCCUUGCCUCGCCUGAUUAGCGUCAAGCUACCUGCUCGACGCAGCCAACCACGCUUCCAGACGUUGAAACCCUCUCACACCCAAACGCACCCUUCGUCGGAGUUCGGAGCAUUAAUCAUCGUCGACAACUGGUUAAAUCCUGCUCGAGGUGUCACACUUGGUCAGCAGCGUUGCUCCGAGCCGUCGGCCGGUUGGCGCUGGCCUCACACCCCGCUCGCCAUUCCUCCGCAGCCCGUCCGUUGCGGACUUUGGAACUUUGCGACACCCCGACAACGUCUGAUUGAUUCGGUUUUUACCGGCAGCAGACAUGCCACCCAUGGGAUCUGCAACCCACCAAGAUCUUCGGAAGUGGGCAAGUGGGCACCAGAUCCAUGUCGUUGGGCUUUCCUGGUCCAUUGAGGCCCAGACUCAGCCUGGAAAGGCUGCACCAAGUACACGCCCAGGAGCAUGUGCAAGCGGCGCGAACGUUGCAAAUCCUGCAAACUCGAUCGAAGGCAGUAAGACGUGGGCUGUACUCCAAACCACAAUCGUCGCACAUGGAAUUCUGCAGCCACACGGGCGGGCGUGCGCCUUAAGUCCGCAUCUUCCGAACGUCGUCGGAUCGGUCUUCACACCGCACAUCUGGUGGCUCACCAUUGUCUGCCUCCACCAUAUCUCCUCUAACUCCAGCCGUCAUCAGACAUUUCCCGCAUCUCUGCAGUAAGAUGAUUCCUCUCCGCGAUUCCUCCCGGCGAGUGAGUCAUGAUUCCCCCCAAGAUGAC